UUUUCGUCAUCUGUCAAUCGAAAAGUCACUUGAACUUGACAGAAGCAAAAUAUUUAGCAAUUUCUAAGUAAUUAAAUAGCAAUAAAGUGAACUGUUCAUCUACGAUAUAUUCUCAACCAUUAGUCAUUGCUCUAUUAGUCAAUGUUUUUAUAUGCUAAACACGUUUGAGAUCAAGAACUUCAAGAAGUGUUUAUAAUGAAUUUUUUUAAAAAGGCUCCCACUGUUAAAGAACAACAGCGUCAAAAUGAUCGGGAACUCCGCAAGGCAACCAGAGAUUUGGAGCGGGAUAAGCUAGCUUUAGAGAGGGAAGAAAAGAAAUUGGAAAUGGAGAUUAAAAAAAUGGCAAAGGAUGGAGACAAUGAGGGUUGUAAAAUACUUGCUAAACAAUUAGUUCAAUUAAGAAAACAGAAAACGAGAAUAUAUACUGCGAACAGUAAGAUUUCGAGUGUUCAAAUCCAUAAUAAGGCAAUGGGUGCUAAUGUAGCAAUUGCUGGAGCAAUGGGCACUACAGCAAAGACUAUGGGUAGUAUCAAUAAGGUUAUGAAUCCACAUCAAAUAGCAAAGGAUAUGGAAGCAUUCAAACAUGCCAGUGCUAAAAUGGAGAUGACAGAUGACAUGAUAUCAGACACAUUGGACGACAUAAUGACAGAAUCUGGUGAUGAAGAAGAAACUGAGGGUAUUGUAAACAAAGUACUUGAUGAAAUAGGCAUUGAAAUUAGUGGAAAGGUUGCUAACGCGCCUUCAGUAUCUCGAAACAAAGUCGGAGAAUCUACAAGCGAUAUUGAUAAAGAACUAAUGGCUCAGUUAACCAAGCUAAAGUCAUAGGGUUUAAUAUUCAAUUAUUAUUUUCAAAUAUAUGGUAUGAUACUCUUGAGCCUGAAAAUAUUAAUUGUCACCCAUUGAUAGUAGUUUAUUUUAAUAUUUAAAGGGUAUGAAAUUUGAGAUAAUGUGUUAGUGGUUUUAUAUAAUAAUGGUGCAAACAGCCUGUUGCGUAGGUAAUGCAGAAUUACACCGACAGACAACUAAGGUACACAGCAAAAAUAG